AAUAUUGUACCUUUAUUUGUCGUUGAUAUAGGCUAUUAAGGGGAUUUGACUCUUGUAUAUGAAGUUCAAAAUGUUCAUACUUAAAAUGUUUCACACAAGGCUAGCGCGCACUUCAGGACAGCUCACCCGCGCCUAGCUCUGGUCCAGGACCUAGUACGUGUUUCUUAGUCAUGUAAGAACGGGCACUAGGCCCUGGACUAGAGCUAACCCACUCAUUGGGAGCCUACUGGAGAGGGUUAAGCUAAAACGAAGGUCCUUAAUUUGAGUCAUCUGUUUCCACUGCUGAGUUCGCAGCUCUGGUCUGCUGCUCAAUAGCCGUCUUCGGGUGGAUGUAGGCAGCCCUAGGAUACUUUCUAUUAGCGAAAAAUACGUAAUCUGAGUUUAGUAGAAUAUAUAGUGUUCUACCGCAACCUAUUGACGAAUUGGAGUUUACUUUUCGCACUUUCAGUGCGCUUGCAAGUUAUUCCUUCUCUUUCAGCUGUUUGACAUUUAAGCCUUUCCAUGGAGAAGCCCCUAUUCACUCUACUCUACAUCUGUAUGUGAGAGAGAGAGAGAGAGAGAGAGAGAGAGAACAGAGAACAGAGAGAGAGAGAACAGAGAGAGAGAGAGAGAACAGAGAACAGAGAGAGAGAGAGAACAGAGAACAGAGAGAGAGAGAGAGAGAAGAGAGAGAGAGAACAGAGAGAGAACAGAGAGAGAGAGAGAGAGAGAACAGAGAGAGAGAGAGAACAGAGAGAGAGAGAGAGAGAACAGAGAGAGAGAGAGAGAGCGAGAGAGAGAGAGAGAGAGAGAGAGAGAGAGAGAGAGAGAGAGAGAGAGAGAGAGAGAGAGAGAGAGAGAGAGAGAGAGAGAACAGAACAGAGAGAGAACAGAGAGAGAACAGAGAGAACAGAGAGAGAGAGAGAGAGAGAGAGAGAGAGAGAGAGAGAGAGAGAGAGAGAGAGAGAUAGUGUUUCUGUGUAUUUGUCCUGUCUGAGUGUGAUUGUCUGCCUAUGAUUGUUGGAGCGUGUGCGACUGGGUCUCUUGUGUGUGUGAUUGUUUGAUUGUGUGUGUGUCUAUGUAUAUCCCUACCACCCCGUAACUUCCACUUGAAGAACAUGUUGCCACCUGUGAGGAGAGACCGCAUCAUCGCUCAGCUUCCAGAGUGUUUUACCCCAGCUGCAGCGCUACACACUAAAGAUGUCUUCCACUCACAGGUCAAGGCUGCCUGUCAGGGGCAAAAGACGGGCGCAGUGGGCUUUAACAUCGCCAAGGUGAUUGUGGUAGGGGAUGUGGCAGUUGGGAAGACAUGUCUAAUCAGCAGGUUCUGUAAGGACUCGUUUGAUAAGAACUAUAAGGCCACCAUCGGAGUAGAUUUUGAGAUGGAGCGGUUUGAGGUGUUGGGGGUGCCCUUCAGUUUACAGCUAUGGGACACAGCGGGUCAGGAGAGGUUCAAGUGCAUCGCCUCCACAUAUUACAGAGGAGCACAAGCCAUCAUAGUGGUAUUUGACCUGAGCUGUGUCACCUCUCUGGACAACGCCAGGCAGUGGCUGGAGGAUGCUAUGAAGGAGAACGAUCCCUCCAGUGUUCUGCUGUUCCUGGUCGGAACCAAGAAGGACCUCAGUUCUCCGGAUCAGUUGGCCUACAUGGAGCUGGAGGCCAUUAGACUGUCAGAGGAGAUCCGAGCAGAGUACUGGACUGUGUCUGCCAAGUCAGGGGAGAGUAUCAGGGAGUUUUUCUUCCGGGUAGCGUCUCUAACCUUUGAGGCCAACGUGCUGGCAGAGCUCGAGAAGAGUGGGUCCAGACGUGUUGGUGACAUUAUCAGAAUCACAGAGAGCACAGAAGAAGAGUACAAACCAACCAAGAGGAAAGCAACCUGCUGCUGAUGGGGAAGGAUACACAGGACAACACAAUACAGGACAACACUACACAGGACAACACUAUACAGGACAACACUACACAGGACAACACUACACAGGACAACACAGGACAACACUACACAGGACAACACUACACAGGACAACACUACACAGGACAACACUACACAGGGCAACACUACACAGGGCAACACUACACAGGACAACACUACACAGGACAACACUACACAGGACAACACUACACAGGACAACACUACACAGGACAACACUACACAGGGCAACACUACACAGGACAACACUACACAGGACAACACUACACAGGACAACACUACACAGGGCAACACUACACAGGACAACACUACACAGGACAACACUACACAGGACAGCACUACACAGGACAACACAACACACUGAGGAUGACCACAUGGGAAGAUGAGAAUAAUACUGCUACACUCAAUUCCCACAAAACAACUCUGAAUACUGAAGUAUGGGAGACUUGAAUGCCAGAACACAAUCACGCAUCUGUGUGUUUGUACGAUGUGAAAGUGUUGUCUCAGUGAGGACGAUUCCAAUUCCAUGGACUGUCAGCUGAACGAGAGAAGAAGUAACAGCAACAGCAAUUGCAUUUAUCCCCAUCAAUCUAUGUAUAACAGAUUGCGUUCGCAGUCUUUUUACAUGAUCAUAAAGAGAAAUAGGCAACACUUGCAUGGUCUUUAAAGUAGCUUAAGAGAAAUAGGCAACACUUGCAUGGUCUUUAAAGCAGCUUAAGAGAAAUAGGCAACACUUGCAUGGUCUUUAAAGCAGCUUAAGAGAAAUAGGCAACACUUGCAUGGUCUUUAAAGCAGCUUGAGAGAAAUAGGCAACACUUGCAUGGUCUUUAAAGCAGCUUGAGAGAAAUAGGCGAAGCAUGUGGACUGGAAGAAACCUCUAAUCACAAAACCAGGGUUUGGAGUCGAAUGCUGCUCCUUUACGUGAAACCCUCUCCAUAAACAACUGGAGAUAGUGUAGGUCCCAUAGCUUUGAGUUUUCCCUGACCAUGUAACCAGACCAGGAAAAACUCUUAUCUAUCCCCUUCACCAGAGCCCUAUGCUGUGUAGUGUAGUAUGGUACAAUACAUGUAGCUCUGGUCGAAUGUAAUGUAACUCUGGUCUAAUGUAAUGUAGCUCUGGUCUAAUGUAAUGUAACUCUGGUCUAAUGUAAUGUAACUCGGGUCUAAUGUAAUGUAGCUCUGGUCUAAUGUAAUGUAGCUCUGGUCUAAUGUAAUGUAGCUCUGGUCUAAAGUAAUGUAGCUCUGGUCUAAAGUACUGUAGCUCUGGUCUAAUGUAAUGUAGCUCUGGUCUAAUGUAAUGUAGCUCUGGUCUAAUGUAAUGUAACUCUGGUCUAAUGUAAUGUAACUCUGGUCUAAUGUAAUGUAGCUCUGGUCUAAAGUACUGUAGCUCUGGUCUAAUGUAAUGUAGCUCUGGUCUAAUGUAAUGUAGUUCUGGUCUAAUGUAAUGUAGCUCUGGUCUAAAGUAAAGUAACUCUGGUCUAAAGUAAUGUAGCUCUGGUCUAAAGUAAUGUAGUUCUGGUCUAAAGUAAUGUAACUCUGGUCUAAAGUAAUGACGCUCUGGUCUAAAGUAAUGUAGUUCUGGUCUAAAGUAAUGUAGCUCUGGUCUAAAGUAAUGUAGUUCUGGUCUAAAGUAAUGUAGCUCUGGUCUAAUGUAAAGUAACUCUGGUCUAAAGUAAUGUAGUUCUGGUCUAAAGUAAUGUAGCUCUGGUCUAAAGUAAUGUAGUUCUGGUCUAAAGUAAUGUAGCUCUGGUCUAAUGUAAAGUAACUCUGGUCUAAAGUAAUGUAGUUCUGGUCUAAAGUAAUGUAGUUCUGGUCUAAAGUAAUGUAGUUCUGGUCUAAUGUAAUGCUCAACACUCAGAGUUAGCUUGGUUCUCGUUUGAGAUUUGGCCAGACAGAUUCCUGCAUUCUAGGUGAAGACGUCAGCAGCAACAGGCAUGCAGACCUCCGUGCGUUGGCUGGUUUAUUUUCCUCCUUCGUCCCCCCCUGUCAUGUGUCUGGUCUGCUAAUGGGAUGAGUACGCUGCCUCCCAUGACCAUCCAACAUCCCAACCACACCACAGCCACAAUAUAGACUCUCAGGGCUCCUAAAAUACAGCGAUUGUUUAAUCACGAGAAAAGAUGGAGAGAGUGAGAGCGAUAGAGAGGGAGAGAGAAUGAGAGGGAGGGAGAGAGAGAGAAUAACAUUUAAUUUACAUCUGAUGAUCUGGGACAAAUUGAAUUAAGACUGUUGUGAAGAGGGCAGAAGCAGGCCAGACAUUUAGGUCUACUGCUUUACCAUGUCCUGAAAUGUUAUGCCUCACUACUGAUGAUUGUAUUACAUUUGAUGUGAUUUGUGAUAUUUUAUGUCCUAUAAAAUCAAUAUAGAUGACUAUC